CGUAUUACCACAUCAUGGCGGAUGUCAGCAGACAGGACAUUGCAAAGGCCGAGAAAAGAGUGAUGAGCCCGGCGGAUGCCAAGGAAGACAUGAUGCUGGUCCUAGGGCCUCAUAUGAACUGGCAGGAGAUGCUGUGCCCAGCUCCUCUGUCGGUGUGUCUUCUGGGUCAGUUGGUGCUCGUCACUCUGGACAAGGACGUCUCUCUGGUGUCAGAACACAUGGACAGAUCUGCCUUCAAAUAUACCAAGUACCCUGAUUCACUGAGAACAAGCAUAGUUCAGGUCGCCAACCAGGGAUGGACUUCCUUCAACUGUGCCAACAAGAACAUGGACCAGAUCCGUCUUCUUACCCUGCAGAUACCUCUCCAUGUCAAGAACGCUGUGAAGUUUAUCAUUGGUGGAUCUGAUGAGGAAAUACAAGAAUUGGUUCCGGAUAUUUUGGCGAACAUCGAAAGGAUUACUGACACCUGUAUGUUAAAAGCUGAGGAAGUUGAAACACAGUUUUCUGACGUCAUGGAUUUGAUUGGCGAACUGCAAGAGGCAUGUACAUUUUCAAAAGGGGAAUAUGACGACAAGAUUAGUAAAGCCGAAAAAGACAUUGAAGUGAAAUCAACACGGAAGGGGGCAUUAGAAAAAAGGAAAGAACAAGCUGAAAAGGAGUAUAACGAAAUGACAGAACAGUUCCAAAAAGCUCAAAAGUCAUAUGAAAAGGCCAUGGACUCUAUACCCUCUGGAUGGGAAAUGGUUGGAAUGGAUUUCGUGGAGGGACUAGCCAAAUGUGCUGUCACGGCAGUACAGAGUGUGACAAGCAUAUUCGCGAUGAAAUCCGUUGGUGGUAAGACACGCGGAAAUAAGGGAGGGGACACAGCGUCUGUGAAAUCAAAAACAGAAAAGUCUGCAGAUGCACUCAUGUUGGAGCUUCCUAGAAUUUCGCUCUGCAUCCAGAACGUCCUGGACAAUUUCAACUUGCUUUCUGAGGGGAAAGAACCCGGGGAUCUGACAAUGGUCGAGUCAACAUUAAGUGACAUCAUUAGUUCUCUCUCAUCCUACUCAGGAGUAUGUAGAGACAAAUUCGAUGGAAUUAAGGAGGAUGCGUCUCAACUGAUUAAGACUUUGAAGGAUGCCAGCAAGCAACUGUCAGGCGGGGAACAGCAAACAGAGAGAGUGAGAGUAGUGGCGGGAAGGCUAAAUGCAAAGAUGCAAGGUUUAAACUUGUUUUGCGAAACUGCAUUUGGGGCAAAGCCAUUCGAAAUGCCGACCCCAAAGAUGUCAUCAUAUGAGCAAGGACAAUCCGACUCUGCCUCUUCAAGACACAGUGCACAGGCCAGAUUUAAGGUCGAACAAGCUUCAUCUACCCUUGAGACCGUUAGAGAUGACUUCCGUGAUAAAAGCCAGAAACUAGAUAAAGUCAGCGAAGACAUCACAGCCAUUAUCACCGAUCUUGCACGGAUCAAGCUCGACAAGGUAGACUUUGACCAGAUCAAAGCGUUAUUGCAGAGAGGAUUCAAGGCUAUUGGGGAAGUCAGAACCCAAUGGGGAAAAUUGGUGAGAUUUUUCCAAACAAUAUCCAACAUCAUUAAGUGUAGCAUGAAUGAGAAUGUCAAGAAUUUUCUCCAAAGUGCUGAGAAGGGGAAAAAGUUUCGCCUGAAGUACACCAUGUCGGACAUGCUGAGAGAUAUGAUCUAUGUACAAGCCACCGACGCAAACACCUUGGCCUACAUGGUAAACAACCUUGCCGAGAUGUACGUUGAAGUCUCACAGAAGCACCUGAUGGAUCAAGUUGCAAGUCUGGGGGAGUUGCUUGGACUGGAUCCGGAAAAGGACAAGGCUGCAAUUUCGAGAAGACAGACAGAACUGGAAACACAAGCAAAAGACGCCACUGCUUCAAUUGCUGUUUUAGUUCAACAGAAGCAGAGAGAAUUUGAUACAAAGGUGAAGAGCAGAAUACAGAGAAUUGAAACCGAGAUGAAAGCAGUUCUUCCUCCACCUGGACCGACAGACAAAGAAGUCGAGAAGGAGAAGAGGAAGGCUAUCCAAGAGGCCAAGGAACUGAAGGCAAAGCUGAAGGACGAGGAUGUCGAUGACUGGGUGUGA